GCAUUUGGGACGCACGACUAUGUCCGAUCAACCCUAUUUUCCAAUCUCGGGCGGCAGCUACGACGGCUACGACGAAGCCCAGGGUGCAAGCCAUGCCGACACUCGUCAGAACAAUGCCUGGAAUCCCGAAGGCAUCAGAGAAUUGCCGCUGGGCAAACGAGAGAACCAGGCUGCUGCCGAAGCCCUCGUGUGCUUUGAGUGCGGGAUUGAUUUCGCUUGCACGGAAGCCUUCCUAGAUCACAUGACCAACCACAUUACUGGGAACCCAGAAGGCAUCAGGGAACAGCCGCUGGGCCAACCAGAGAACCAGGCUGCUGACACAACCCUCGUGUGCUUUGAGUGCGGGAUUGCUUUCGCUUCCGCGGAAGCCUUCCACAAUCACAUGAACAACCACAUUACUGGAAUUCCCGAAGAAACCUGGGAAGCAGCAAGCUACCACGAAUUGAACCAGGCUCAGAGCACCACCCUCGUGUGCCAUCUGUGUGGGAUUCCUUUCACCGACAUGGACACCUUACAAAAGCACAACGCCGACCACGAGAACCUGGAGAGCUUUCCCUGCCAUAGGAUUUGA